AUUGUAUAUAAAAAAAAUCAAAUAGACAUGUAAGGCAUAGACUCAUAGAGUGAUAGAGUGAGUAAAGGGUAUAGAAGAUGGUAAAGAAGAUUCUGUGCCAUUGUUUUUCAUUAGCCGCCUUGUGUUCAAAACAAACCUACAAAAACCCACAGUUUCUGUCUAAAUCUACAUUUCCUCUUACUGCACCUGUCAACAAUCUGCCGCUAUAUACUCAAAUUCAUCGCCGAAAUCAAAAACCCACGAUCAUCACCGAUUUUCAGCAACAUAUUUGCCGAAAUCUAGUGUUACUUCCAUCAAAAUUAUCAAUAAAAUCAAUCUCCAAGAGAGUAACAAUGGUGACUCUAGUGGUAUCCACAACUAUUGACCCGGCUUCUAUUGGUCCUGCUUCUGCCCUUCUUGCCAUGACUGGAUGGUCUUCUGGACCUUCCUUUGAGGGUGUGAGAAGUUAUAGCAAUAGAGAAGUGAGAUUGUUGCAGCAUGAUAAAAGCAUAGUGGUAGAAGACAAUCUUGAUACUCGAUGGGAGGAAUUAACUCAAGAAAAUGUUGAUAAUGUUAUUUUUCUUAGUAAACAUACGGCCGCCACUAAUCGCCCAGCUCUCACUAUUCACCCAAUUGGUGUUCCACAUUUGAAAGAAGGAGAUAUACUACCACAUGGUGGUAGGGCAGGAUGGGUUGCACCUCCAAAUCCUAGAAUGGGACCUUGGAUUCGGCUCUUGAGUGAAAUCUCCCAAUCUCAUAAUUUAAUUCCUGAAUUUGAAAUUACUAUGGAGGCCACUCAUCAUGGACCUGUGACUAGUAAGCCGACUAUGUUUCUCGAAAUUGGUAGCACUCUAGAGUACUGGAAGAGAGAGGACGCUGCUCAAGUUAUUGCUCUAUUGGUCUGGGAAGGACUUGGACUUGGAGGAGGUGCUGCUGUGGGUCAAUGGGACAGGAAUUGUGAAAAAAACAAAGUUUUACUAGGAUUAGGAGGUGGACAUUAUGUACCUCAUCACAUGAAAAUAAUCAGGAAAGAUAAUGUUUGGGUGGGCCAUUUGCUUUCUGGAUAUUCCUUGCCAAUGGAUGACCCAGGCCAGUCAAAAGUUGAAGAUGCUAAAGGUAUUGGUGGUACUUGGAAAGAAGCAAUCAGAGUCGCAUUUGAGGCCACUAAAAUAGCUUUUCCUGGAGGGGAAAUUCUGGCUCAUCUUGAUCACAAAAGUUUCAAGGGUUGGCAGAAGAAAGCUAUGACAAACUAUCUUGAGGAGAUGAACAUUAAGAUUGCAAAACCAAAUGAAUUCUUGGAAUGAGGCAGGCAAUUCACGUCAUAAAUGUAGCACAUGUAACACUAUUAAUCAUCUUAUUACUUUUUUUAUCACAUGAUGGUCUUGAGGAUAACAGAUGGUUAAAUGAGAAUCAAACUCGAGACCUAAAUGAAAAUUUUCAUACUCAUAAUUGGAAUUUUUCAUUAUAUGUCUUUAAAAGGGAUUUAAUUUACGACGGCUAUAUAAUUAUUAAUAUGACUAAAUCAUUAAUUUGUAAAUCAAUGAAAAUUUUGUUGUCAUUAUGGUUAAUCCGUUUUUUAUGUUAGUAAA